GUGUAUGUAUAUGUAUAUAAUAAUAUACACUAUGUACACGGUAGGAUAAUAAUAAUAUUAAUAAUCACAAUAAUAAUAUUAAUAUCAUCUCGUUUGUAUAUGCCGCCGUCAUCGUACGCGCAACAAACAAAUAGCCGAUUUAUUGUAAUUUUGUCGUCGUGAUAUUAGACUUUUUUUUUUUUAUAAUUUUCUUUGCUGUUCGUGAACAACGACCGCGACCGACCGACCGAGAGCCGUUGUGUGUGCAUCGCUAUCGGCGCCGUCGUCGAAUUUUUCCACUCGUCGCGAUGCCGCGGAUCCAGUAGAACGGCGCAUCGGACGCGCAGAUCCACCGCAGUAUAACAGUAUCCGGCGUACCGAGUUUCGCGUUUUGGACCGAUCGUCGUCACUCCCUGGCGCGGUGCACCCAUACCCAUAUCAUUAUCAGUAUCACCGUCGUCAUCGUCAUCGUCAUCAUCAUCACCACCUCUGCCGACCGUCCGUGAAAACGUGUGAAAGACCAAAGGCCGCGGCGCGCACCAACCGCCGCCACUACACGUCGUCAUGUCCGUCAGCCAACAAUUUUGCCUGCGAUGGAACAACCACCAAAGGACACUGAUUUCAGUGUUCGACAGCCUCUUGGAGAGCGGAACGCUCGUGGAUUGCACGCUGGCUGCUGAGGGACGGUAUCUAAAAGCUCACAAAGUCGUGUUGUCCGCCUGCAGCCCGUACUUGGGGGUUUUGUUAAGUCAACAUCAAGAGAAACAUCCAAUCUUAAUUUUGAAAGAUAUCAAAUUUCAAGAGUUAAAAUCAAUGUUAGAUUAUAUGUAUCGGGGUGAAGUUAAUAUCUCUCAAGAAGAACUUGGUACUUUUUUGAAAGCUGCUGAAUCUCUUCAAAUCAAAGGUUUAACAGAAAGUGCUGGUAUUGGAGUUCGAGAUAAUUCAGAUUUUGAAGACCCGGUAUCUAAACGUUUUGAUCAUAGAAAACAACCACCUUCCUUAUCGUCAGUUAGUUCUAACUCACCUACCAUUUGGAGCCAAAAUGAAACUGUACGUACAUAUUCAAGACCAAGAGAGGGUAGUUUAUCUCCAACUAGCAAGAAGCGGAAAUUACAACGAACAAAUGGAUCAGAUGAUCAUCAUCAGGAUAAUGGUGAUGAUAGUUUGACUGAAUCUGAACCUCAGGGGGUAGAAAAAUCACCAACUAAUAAUAAUAACAUCCCAUCUUCAGUCAGUAAAGUAAUCAAAGCAGAACCUUACCGUAAAUCAUGUUCACCAGACAAAGAAGUAUCAAAGACCACUGAAAAUCAGAUAAUCAAACCAAAAGUAGAAUCAAUUUCUGGUGACCGACAAGAAUGUUUGACAGAAAUGUCAUAUGAUGAUAGUGUUGAAGAUAUGGCUUUAGAAGAGGAAGAAGAAGAAUUUGAUGAAAAUGAAUUAUCACAGCCCGGAACUUCACAAGGGGAUACCAAUCACACUGUGCCUCAAACAAAUUCUUGGCAAUUAGACACAACUAAUCAAGAUAGCACCAGUACUGUUAAUACACCAAUGGACUGUAAAGAAAUAAUAAAAAGAUGGCAGGAUGGAGGUGAAAACUGGGAUGGAUAUCCUCCUACUCAACGUUCUCUUGUGCCGCUUUUCAAUUCAUUUGGCCCAAAUGGCCCAAUGUCUGCCAUAAAUUUCAAAUUCACUAACUACUACAACAACUGUAAGUUUGAUCCAACUUCACCUAAUGACACGCUACAAAUCAGUAAUGCAAAUUCACCAAGUACGAGCGGUGGAGUAGAAUGCCCACGUUGUGGAAGGCAUUACAAACUAAAAAGUUCAUUACGCAAUCAUCAAAAAUGGGAAUGUGGAAAAGAUCCACAAUUCCAAUGUCCGUUUUGCAAUUAUCGAGCUAAACAAAAGAUGCAUGUUGCUCGUCAUAUUGAACGUAUGCAUAGAGAAAAAUGCUCAGAAGAAUUUCAAAAUAUAACAGGACAAACUACAACAGCUGCAACAACGGCAACAGCUGUAGGAGAUAUUAAUUCAUAAGUACAAACUUUAUAAUCAAACUAAAGUGCCGUAAUGUUCACAUAUUGACUGGUCAUAUUGUUCAAGUCCAUGUAAAUGAAAAUGGUUUUUAUGUAUGCAAAUAUCAAAAUAUAUGUUUUUUAAUAUUUUUUUUUAGGUUUUAGUAUUAAUUGUUAAACGUGCCAAUGAAGUAUACAAUUGUUUACAUUGUGUACACAAAUUAUUUAUUGUAUCGUAGUAAAUUAAGUUAAGAGUUAGACGUAUAACAUCUGGCGAUUUUAAUUAGUCCAAUUGACUUCAAUAAGUAAUAAUUACUAUUUACAUUUCACUUUUGAUUUACACUAAAUAUCUCAUUCCCAAAUAAUCUUUUUACUACUACAUGAUUUUGUGUAUAGUACAUACAAAAAUUAUAUAUAU